AUGGAAUACACAUUGCGAUGCAACGAUUUGAAGUGUCGCAAAGAGCUCAAUGACCACGCCGUUGUCACCACUUGCAGCCAUGUCUUCUGUGUUGAAUGCUCCAACAGAUGCCAACUCUCCGGUCAGCAUGAUGGUAUGCGUCGUAUCUGCCCUGCCUGCGACGCCUACCUCCCCAACCCCGACGAUGUCGUUGUCACCAACCUCAACCCCACCGAAGAUUACAAGACCAGCGUCCUCAGCGGUUUAAGUCCCAAUACCAUCAUGGAGUGCGCUGGAAGGGCAUUGAGUUGGUGGGCAUAUCAAACAGCACAAGAAAUUGUCUAUCAAGAAUACAUGGCCAAAAAUUUGUCGGAAAAGUACUCCUUAUUAAACACGCAAAUGGACAAAAUAAUCAGCGAUGCAAAUUCGGAAAUAUCCAAUCUGCGUAACAAGGUCUCCAACAUGCAGGUGGAUCAGGAUGGCUUCAGGCGCAAGAACGAGGAGCUCUUCCAAGCGCUGCGGGAAAAGACUCGCAAGCAUUUACAAACCCAAGAACUAUAUGAUAAGUUGAAGCGUCGGGCUAUGCUGGGACAGGUGCAGAAUGCCGCUUCUGACGCCGUGGACCACACGAUUCAGGCUUCUGUGACAGCCAAUCGAUAUGCUGACAGGUUAGAAGAGCAGAAUCAACAGCCCCACUUCACCAAUCAGCAGUCAAUAUCUCUGCAGAACACGGGCCCUCCUGACGAUGGGAGAAAUAUGGGUCCUCCAAACUUCAGAGGCAGCAAUGGCGGCAAUGGAUGGGCUGGUAACAGUAUCCGGGAAAGCACCCAGCAAAAUCAACCUAUCCAAACUCCCUCUACCCAUCGGCAACGUUUCGCGCCUGAAAACCAACCUCUCUCUCGGCUUGGGCCUUCCAACAUGCAGUUCAAUGGUCCUAUUGGAACCCCAAUGCAUCAGAAAAGACCAUCUCCUCGGCAGCCACUCGCAAAUCUCGGUGCCAAUACCGGUGGGGGUUCUGGCUUUGCUGGUUAUGGCAUGAGUGCAGGUAUGAAAGUCAGCAAUCCAGCAAGUGCAAAUGGCGCAACUAGGCCACUUGUCCGAUCAAGAGUAGUUGCGCAGCGGCCAGUCCCUGUAUUUCAAAUUUCUCGUGACUCCGCGUUUGCUCCCCCUCGAGCCCUAAACAUGUUCUCAAACGAAACUGGUCAAUACUGA